UGUAUUUUGAACUAGCACAAACGUCAAUGCUAAAUGACAGCGAAACCUAACCUCCCCAUAAAAUCCCCGUUGUUUUGAAGACCCGGCAACGCCGCCCCCCGCGCCGCCGCGCACGUCACUGUGCUCUAUGAAAAUGUAGUGUUUAUUAGUCAUGUCAAUUCCAUGCCAUUUCCAAAUAUUUUCGCGUCAAAAUUCCAUGCCUAGACCGACCUAACCUUACAAAAAAAUGCCCGAUACGGUGGAACUGAGCUUAGACCGAGUCUUGCACACCCUCCCCCUCGAGGGGGAGGAGUCCGAGAUCUGCGACUUUUCUCUGGAGGAGCAGAACGCCGCGUUGGAGAGCCAGGGGGUGCAGCCCACGGUGAGCCCCAAUUUCAAGCCAGUUGUGGGUGAGACCGUCACAUAUGUGGUGGCUGUGGUGUUGAUCAAUGAUGACAAUGAGGUGCUGAUGAUGCAGGAGGCCAAGGAGUCGUGUGCUGGGAAAUGGUACCUGCCAGCUGGACGGAUCGAGAAGGGGGAGAGCAUUGUGGAUGCCGGGAAGAGGGAGGUGCUGGAGGAGACAGGCUUGCACGUGCAGUGUUCGACGCUUUUAAUGGUGGAAUGUGCGAGGGGGUCGUGGAUACGGUACGUGUUAACAGGGGAAGUGACUGGGGGGAACCUGAAGACACCCUCCGAGGCGGAUAAGGAGAGUCUGCAGGCCAAGUGGGUCGAGAACAUGGGGGAGUUGACGCUGAGGGCUAAUGAUAUUUUGGAACUGAUUAGUAGGGCCAGAGCGUUCAAAGAAGCGCGCCAAAUUCAAGACAAAACCUGGCACUCGGACCAAUUACCGUGCCUUCGCCCCCAUUCCAAGCUUCUCUUGCGUCUCGUAGUCGUGAUUAAAAAGAAAGCCACGAACCGAGUCCACGUUCUUUUGAGUGAACGCACUUCGUGGCACCUCCCCACGUGCGAGAUCAACCCGGCCAAAAGUUUGCAUUCUACGUUGCGAAAAUUCAUGGUGGAUCUGUUUGGGGCUGAAGUGGGGGCGCACAGACCGCACGGACUGCUCUCUGUGGAGUUCGACCCCCGCGAGCGCAAAGAUGGCGCUUGUUUGACCAUGUUGGUGGCAUUCCGGCCCCCUUUAGAGGAAGUACCGAUCAUAGGGAAGUGCGUGUGGCACGAGAUUUCGAAGGAGCUGGGGGAGAGGUUAUUGGCGAAAAUGGCUUCCAGGAAUUUGUUGAUUCCAGUGCAUGUUAUUUGCUAGUUAUGGGGCGUACUAACAGUAUUGGUUAAGGUUCUUGAAUUUUAUUAUUUAUCAUAUUGUUAUGUAUAGUUGUUUUGUAUGAGAUUAUAUGAGAUGUACAAA